GCAAAGUUGUUGUUUAACCUCUCGUGCUAAUAUUGAUACCCGAGCAAGCGUAGGAUUGCAAAAUUGAACCAAGCGCAGCAAGUGUGGUUCGAAUAAUGGAAUUUGAGCAUUGAGAGGGUUUCAAGACAUGAGGGUUAAACAAAUUUUGUGACCAAGUGAAACACGACAAUUUUCAUCACUGUAUUUUCCCUGUGUUGGCACGGAGAAAAUACUAACUAUAAAAUAUCAGACAAAAUCAACGCAAGUAAAUUGAAAAUUAAGGUUAUAAAAUAGUCAUCAUUCAAAAUCAUCAUUUAAAUGUCAAUUCUACCAGCCAACAUAAGCAUGCAUUUGAUUACUUUGCCCCAAAUGUGGAUAAUAUGCAACUUUCUCAUCAGUUUUUAAAGAGCUUUUCUACUAAAUAAAAGAGUAUUUUAAUUAGUAAAAACAUGAAAUAUUAAAGAAAACAGUUUUUUCCACACUUUUAUCCUGUGGUGUAUGUACUUCCGUAAAAUACUGAUCAACUUGUCCUAAAGUUGUCGGCACGUGGUUGUCAAUUAUACCGGCCCUACUUAACUAUUCGCAUUCCAUCGUCUAACGCGCUGCCGAUCGCCUACUCACUCUCACUAUCAACGUACGGCACAGUUUUUAUCGGGUAACCGUAGCGAACAGCUUGAUAGUGAAACUAUUAUUUAAUCUAUUUUUAUCUCAUCAUUUCGCUAGGAGACCCCGUUACAAUACUUUUGUGAUGUUUAACUAAUUAACUAAUGUUUUUGUGCGUCGACGUAAGAAAGAAAUAAAUAUUAACGAUGAAGCCGCAGCGUGUCCAGCAGUGGGUUGGCAGCAACAAAUUGCUGAUCGUUGUUGGUUUGCUGGCGUUGUGCUUUUGCAUAUCUACGGUAGCACUCGCAUCGAGGGGAACUACUUGCAAACAGGACCGAGAUGUAUCGACUCUGCCUAAACUUUCCUCAGAGAAUCAUAAAAUUCAUAAAGCUGUGAGCAUGAAUUACAGGCUUCCUAGACAUGUAAUACCGAAAAAUUACAAACUGAGGCUGGAGCCAACGUUGAAGGGGCACAACAAAACAUUCACCGGCUCUGUCGAAAUUCAGCUCGACAUACUGCAACCCACGCAAAACGUGACUUUGCAUUCUAAUAAACUCCAUAUUACAUUUGUGGAUUUGAAAAGAGACGAUGACUUGAAUAAAAAUAAUAUAAAAACAGAAAAAUAUAUUGACGGCCGAAGAGAUAUGUUAAUAAUAAGAACUAAAGAAGAGAUAUCAAGAGGCCGUUACACUCUGAGGAUAGAUUUCUCGGGGAAGCUUGAGGGAUUGGUUGGAUUCUAUGGAAGUACACUAAAAAUUGGCAGAACAAUGGUGGCAAGCAAGUUUCAGCCAACAUAUGCCCGGCAAGCGUUCCCUUGCUUUGACGAGCCGGAUUUCAAAGCUACUUAUGAUAUCACUCUUGUGAAACCGGAGAAUUAUGUAGCCCUCUCCAAUAUGAAUGAAAUAUCCAGAUCUCACGAUAAUACAACGUCCUCAGAUGUUGUGACGUUUGCAACUAGCGUUCCCAUGUCAACAUACUUAGCAUGUUUCGUGAUUUGUGACUUUGCCUCUAAAGAAACAGAGAUCAACUCCAGUGGUAUAGGAAGUAACUUUAUAUUGAGAUCGUUCGCGCAGAAGGACCAGACACAUAAAAUUGAUUUUGCUCAGAGUAUUGGAAAGAGAGCGACUGAAUUCUAUAUACAGUAUUAUGAAGUGCCAUUUCCUCUGCCCAAACUAGACAUGAUAGCCAUCCCUGACUACAUAUCGGGAGCCACGGAGCACUGGGGCCUGGUGACGUACCGCGAGACUUCGUUCCUCGUGGACGAGGCCACGGCCUCUGCGCAGAACAAGGUCAGCGUCGCCAACACCAUCGCGCACGAGCUGGCGCACAUGUGGUUCGGGAACUUAGUGACUAUGAAGUGGUGGGACGACUUGUGGCUGAACGAGGGCUUCGCCUCCUACAUGCAGGUCAAGUGCUUGAACGCCAUCGAGCCUUCCUGGACUAUGCUGGAUCAAUUUUUGAAAGGGAUGCACUCCGUCAUGGUGACGGACGCGAAGCUGUCGAGCCAUCCCAUCGUGCAAACUGUGGACACACCAGAUCAGAUCACCGCCAUAUUCGACUCCAUUUCCUACAAUAAGGGUUCAUCAGUAUUACGUAUGCUGGAAGGUUUCAUAGGCGAGGAGAAUUUCCGCAGGGGCGUCUCGGACUACCUCAAGAAACACAAGUUUGGGAACACGGUGACGCAGGACCUGCUCGCGUCGCUGGAGCCCUACUUCAAGAAGGACAACCCCGAUCUUAAUCUUACAUACAUAAUGGAUACAUGGACGCGACAGAUGGGCUACCCGGUCCUGACGGUGAGCAAGACGAACACCACAUACCGCGUCACGCAAUCGCGGUUCCUCUUGGACCCAGAGGCUACGUCACCCAAUGAUUCCGAUUAUAAUUAUAGAUGGUUCGUGCCUGUUACAUACAAAACUAAUAAUGGCGUCAACGAAAAAGUCAUCUGGUUCGGUGACAAAAAGGAAAACGUUGAAAUAUCUGAGCCGGACGCUACUUGGCUCAAGAUUAAUAACAACCAAGUGGGGUACUACCGCGUCAACUACCCACAGGAGAUGUGGCAGAGCUUGGUACAGCAGCUGAAGGCGAGAUCUGAUCAGCUAACGAUAUCAGACCGCUCGCACCUGCUGGACGACGUGUCGGCGCUGGCCUCGGCCGGCCUCGUGCCGUACUCGCUGGGCCUCGACCUGACCACGUACCUCAGCGUGGAGGAGGCCUACAUGCCGUGGCAAACCGCCGCUGGAAUCUUCGGACAUUUGUCGCUGAGGCUACUUAAUACGCCGGCGCAUGACGAUCUAAAGCUAUACAUGCAAGAACUUGUCAAGCCCAUUUUUUCUAAAGUGGACAAAGGAUCCGGCAAUUUGGGAGUGAUAGAGCGUCUCCUACGUACCACGAUACUGUCGCUCGCCACUAAAGCGGAGCUCCCCGAAGCCCAGAGCAAGGUGCGACAGAUGUUCCUCGAGUGGCUGAACAGCCACGACGCCGGCCACGUGAAGACUGUUGAAACCGACUUGAGGGCCCUCGUGUACUACCACGGCAUGAAACAGGGUACGCAGGAAGAGUGGGACAAACUCUGGCAGAUCUACAAGAGGGAAGAGGACGUACACGAGCAGUCGAAGAUUAGGCAAGCGUUGGCGGCGCCGCGGGAUACGAAUAUACUCAGAAAGUAUCUCGACCUCGCGUGGGACGAAACUAACGUCCGAGCCCAAGACUACCUGAACGUCAUCCAAAUGAUCAGCAACAACCCUUCGGGCACCGCUCUAAUAUGGGAGGACGUCCGCAAUCGUUGGCCCUCUCUAGUGGAGCGCUACACGCUCAACAGUCGGUACCUGGGCGCCCUUGUUCCGGGUAUCACUGACUCAUUCAACUCGGAAAGGGAGAUUAAAGAGAUGGAGGAUUUCUUCGCGAAGUACCCCGAGGCGGGCGCGGGUACGUCAGCGCGACAACGCGCGCUCGAAACUGUCCGCAACAACAUCAAGUGGGCCGCCAACAGAGCGCCCGCUGUAAACGCCUGGCUGCAACAGAGACGCGGACAGCGCUCCACACAAAAAUCCUAAUCUACAUGUAUUUCUGAUACCAGUACAGCGGUUGACGAGGAAGCAAUAAGCUAUCGAUAACUUUUCCACGCGAUAAAUGUCUUCCUGGAAAUCCUCUAACCCUUACUACAGAAUAAAUUACAGAAAUUACACUUCCUACAAAACCGAAGUUUGACAGCGAUUCAGGGACGAUUCAUGCUCUCCCUUUCUAAUGUAUGACAAUAUCCCUUUCUGCUAUUUAGGGUUAUCAAAAUUCAAGUCGUUAUCUUAUCUGUGGUCGUACAUGCAAAGGGCCGUCAAGUUGUGCCAACCCUAAUAAUUGCUCGGAGCAAUGCCGAAACAGACGGAACCGAGAAAGCCCGAAAGGAGGAGUGUCGCCCCACUGCCCUUAUUCCUAAUCUGUCCAUAUAGUACCCGUUUAUUUAUUUAAACUUAAUUGCACAAAAGAAAACUUAUCGUACAAAAGGCGGAUUUAAUGCCAAAAGGCUAUUACUAGGUACUAUUAAAAACACAAAAGCUUAUCUGAGAUUGAACAUAAAUAAGCAACAAAAUACAUAUACACAUAAUACAUACAAUAUAUAUAUAUAUAUAUAUAUAUAUAAUAUAAAUUAAAUACCCGUUUGAGCGCGGUAAAGUGCGCUUGAGACAGUUUGCAACAACAUUAAAUGCUACACGAAAAACAAGCUAAUUUCUAUCUUAUUUCUCGCUUUUCUAGUGAGAAUUUGUAAGAAUAAACAACCACGGUGCCGGACCGUAAGAUAUCUUCUCUUCUUUCCAUCCUGUUACCCCUGCUGAAUUUUCCACUGACUCCGGUCCUGGGCAGCUUGGGUAACCUCCUCCCACCCCAUCCCCGAUACACCGAACUCUUGCUCCACGGAACGGCGCCAAGUAGAUUUGGGGCGACCAUGUUUCCGUUACCGUAAGAUUUACUCUAAGAAAAAUGUCAAAGACCUCCAGGGUUUAGGAACGGUUGCACCGAUCUGUCUCCGUUAAGACGUUCGCAAAAUUUUCUUGUAUGGGAAAUUUCAUAGUUCACUGCUGAGUUACGACGAUUAGUCCGUCAAUUAUGUGCAAUUGGUCCUCAAUGUUCUACUACGGCAUUGAGUAACCAUCCACGCUAUGGACGUCAAAUCACGUCGACAAAGGACUUUAUUGAACUAAUAGUAGUUCAAUAAAGUCCUUUACACAAACGAAUGAACAUCAUAUCAUAACGGUGUGGUUCUGUCGACGUCCCCUGACGUUGACGUGGUAUGACGUCGAUGGCGCCCAAAAGGUUGCCUUACCCUGUGGUACCUUUUGGGCGCCAUCGACGUCAUACCACGUCAACGUCAGGAGACGUCGACAGAACACACCGUUAUGAUAUGAUGUUCAUUCGUUUGUGUAGUUUUAGGAAUCCGGUCGGUCAGUCAGCAAGGCCCAAUGUUCCUUUUUCAUGUUUAAUGUCGACUUGUCCAGUCCAAAGUUUAUCGAUCAACUUUAAAUUUUUGUUUAUAGUAAGUGAAAUGGAUCGGAGCAAUGGAUAAGGAUUCGCCUUAAAUUUUAAGCAUUUUCUAAAACGUUAAAGUUACUUAUUGAAAGACUGCACAGAUCUUUGAGAAUGUUGUACUUAUAUUUGUUUUAUUAGUGUUAAAAUAAAAUAUCUAACAUAAAUAUAA